CUAGAAAUAACAAGCUGCUGAUAAAUAUGGCCGUCCGACAUUACUGUUAACGGAGUCUGUUCAUAAGCACUAAACCCUGCGGUUCAGCCUCGUUAUAGGGUGUUAUUGACAAGUUUUAAAACUGUUAUGUUUAUUUACGUUUGUUUACAUUAACAAAUAUGACUACAACUGCAUCAUACGCAACAGAAUGGAAUCUCGAAUCAUCUAUAAGCAGAAGAUCGUCAACAGAAACUGUGUUUAGCAUACAAGAUAGAGAGACUGAUGGUAAGCAUGGGAUGCCUGAUGGCCCACCCGGAGCCAGGGUAGUAGUCUCCGCCAUUCACCCGGACAGCAGAUGAGGCAUAUUGCGCGCGAUACAAGCGAUACAGAACCGUUCGAAACAGACGGCGAGGGCAUAGAGUACGAGCCGGUCACCGCGUCCGAGCACGAGGCGCCUAUCGAGGAGACCUCCGCCGCCAGCGAGGACGAAAUCAUCAAAACCGAAGUGAUCGAGGUGGCCAUAGGCGACGACGGGGACUUGCAACUAGCCGACUCCGAGUUCACUGAUCAAAACGAAAGCGAUACCGUGUAUAGACGUCACGUAUAUUUGCGUUGCGCGCACUGUGAUGGCAAAAACACCAACCCCGUCUACAGAUAUUGUUACAAAUGUUUCAUUAUGCGUAAAAACUUUUUCCCGCCAAGGCCAAGGAGGAAUAGAAAAAAAUCUAAAGGAAAGUCUUCAGCGAGCUCAACGACUACGAGCGUUACGUGUUCUAUAGGCGGGCUCAGUCAGGGCACGGAUGUCGGGUACUACUCGGGCGCGACCGCGCUGUCCGGCGGCUCCAGCCAGGCCGAGCCCCGCGCGGCGCUGAAGCGGCGCGCCUCCUCCGACCUCUCCCACUCGAGCAAGAAGCCGCGCUGCCCCUCCGACAGCGGCACCGAAGUCGGCACCGACACCGACGACGAGCCUGUGCAACCCCUCAUGAAAACGGUGAGCGAUCCACUUGUUAGUCAGAUAGACCGACCGAUAAAACUGACCAAGAAGACCAUAGCGAACACGCUCUUAGAGAAAAUGGACGCGAAGGAUCUGUGUGUGGUUUGCGUGACGGAGCCCAAGUCGGGCGUGUUCGUGCACGGGCGGAUAGCGCACAUAUGUUGCUGUUACCGCUGCGCCGUCAAGGUAUGGUCUACCUCGCGUCGUUGCCCCGUCUGCAACUGCAGGGUCAGCAACGUGCUGCGCGCUGUUGUCAUGUAACAAUGUAAAAACGAAACGAAAACCACACCACUAGGCUGUUUUACAGGUGCAUUUCGUAGUUCUCAGAAACAUUUAGAAAUACAAACGGUUACAGAUUUUUUGUAAAAAAUUAUAUUAAUUUGUAUGAUAAAUGCUCCAGAAAGGAUAAACUAAAGUCAAAUUGCGUAUAGAUUUGAUUCUUGGGGUUGAUUUCUGUUUUAUAUAGUACCAUUCGACGUAUCUGUAUUUUGCAGUUUUGUUCAUGUUUCACCAAAGCGUCCGCGUAUGACGUGAAUUAAAUCUCUACAAAUAAAAAAUCUGCACAGACUAAUAGAAAUGGCGUAAAACAGAAAAAAACCCUGAAGUCAAUAGGCCAUUGACUUGUAACAUUUUCCAAUUGAGGAGUCAUAUUAAAUAUUAGGGAAACAAUUGCUUAGGAUUUAUAUAUAAUUGUAUUGACUGACGAGGGAUAAUCAUCUCUCAUCAGUCGACAUUAUCUGGAUUUCACUCGCUUACCUUCAGUUACAGGAGGUCACUUCGCCUUGCAAAUAAUAAAAAAAAAAUAUUUAUUAAGUCUACCAAAAAAGGAAAAAGCCUCAUCCCUAUCCUAAAUUAGCGACAAGUUCAAUAUGGUUUCAAGUUAUCUAAAUUAUACUUGGUAUAAACUAAAUAUCUCUAAAGUGAUUUAGGUUUCUCGUAUGGGAGGGUUCGUUCUGCCACUGCAAUGUCAUACCUGCUGCUAAAUAGCAAGGUUCAGGUUUGAAGGACAUUAUAUAAGAUAUAGGAUAGUCUUCUUUCAUUACACAAGCAUACCAAGAAAUUGAUAGAGACGUUCAAUAUGCCAAUUUGAGUAUUGGAAGAUUUUCUAACAUAUCGACGAUAUUGACUAGGCAGCUAAUUAGAAACGUUAUAUCGUGUAAUAUAUAAUCCGUAAAACGGUUAGGUUAGGUUAAUUUUAUGUGGGGGUGUGUUUUUUAAUUUACCAAUUAUUUUGUACAUCUCUUGGCUUUACCUAGUCAAUACUCUGGUGUAAUCUAAUGCGGAUAGUACUUUGUGACUGCAUUUUGAUCAUGCGCGCCCUAAACUUCCGUGAUGUUUUUUUUAAGUCAUAAAAUCCUAUGCAUGAUAAAGUCAUUGUAUAUUUUUAUUCUAGCUUACACAUCAGUUGCCAACAGAGUACGGCACUCUAUUAAAAUCAUUUUAUAACUGCAGCGGCAUUGUUGGAUGUUAUCUUUUGCGACCUCAGAACUUUAAUUAUAUCUAUAGUGCAGGAUAUAUAAUUAUUUGGUUGUUCGAAUUAAAUGCCUCUCCGCUCCCCAGCGCUCUAAGAAAAUGUUAUGUAUUCGGUCUUUAGGUGUAUCGUCCAGUUACGUGGACUAAGAGCCGCGCGACUAAAUUGCAAUUACUUGCAUUUUUUUUUAUUCAUAAGAAGGGUUUUGUUUUGAUUGUGAACUGUACAUUACGUAAGCUAAGAACAUUGGCUGACAUAUUAUUAUUGAUACGCUUGCAAAUAUGUCUGUUUAUUAUGAUAUAUAUUAAUACAUAAAUUUUAUUAAAGCUGUACAUAAUUCGCAUACAGUUACAUAGCAUCAGGCCUUUUUCGUUUUCAAAGUUAGGCAGAGGUAAACCACACCAACAUUUCACCAGCUAUGUUCAGUCCCAUGUAAUAAGGGCAUAUUGUCAUUUACUGACUACAAUUCCAUACUCCGGGCUAAUACAGAGCAAAAAAACUCAAUAUCACUUUGACUAACGCGAGAUUUAAAUCCGAGACCACAGCGCGAUUAUCGCACCGCGUGCGCAAUACAAAUACGCCACCGCUGCAGUCCAUAUAUCUAUCAUUCAUAAAAAAUGAUUUCUUUUUUAUUAGGAGGGUAAUUCGAUUCAAGUAGAUUCAACACAUAUUAUUUCAAACUAUUUCCAUACAAAAAAUAAUCAGUUAUACGGUAUAAAUGGUUUUAUGAAGACAACGUACAAAGAUUUACUUGCGAAUUUAUAUUAGUAGUGUGGUUUUACUUAUGGUUUUCUCUAUAUAUAUAUUUUAAAGGAUAUGUCGAGAGGUCGGCGCCAUCGAAGUUAUAUUUAUAUAAUAUCUGACACAUACAAGGUGUAACAAUAAAGUGUAGUUUUACUGUAAGGUGUUUAUGUAAAUAUUCUAAAACCUGAUUGGAUAAGGGAUAUAAUUAUAUAGACUCCUUUUAGUACUCCUAUGCAUUUGGAACACCUUGUAUACCACUUUCUGUAAGAAAAUAUGGCAAAAUAAUGAAAAAAGUAUAACAUAAACAAACUCACGACCGUCCAUUUGUUUCAUGGCCGGCAAAUAAUGUAAUCAAUAAUGAAACACCGUUACGAAAUAACAUUUCUAAUAUGUUUCAAUUUGAAACUAUAAAAACAAUGUACAUACGCGUUACUAACGAACCAAAAAUAGUUGCAAAAAAAGAAACAAAAAAGAAAUACAUUCAUUAGAAUAUAAGGCCUUUAGCAAAUCAUACAAUAUUUAAAAAAAAAAAACGCUUAAAAUUUGCUGAUUAUUUCUCAAUGCCUUUUUUUAAAACUAGACUCGAGAGCUGGCAACCGAUUUGAUAGGAUAAUAAGGAUCAAACUCUGAAUAACUUACAGCAAACUAAAGAAAAGGUCCCCUUUACUUUUUUCAUAUUUGCAAACUGCACAGGUCAGGCAUUUUCAUUUUUCAGGUAUAACUAGAGGAAGUUUUAACAAUGUUAUACAUUGCUCUAAACAUCUGCCCAAAAAUGUCUAUCGGUCCUUAGGCAUACAGAGCGCAUUUUAUUCUAGUGAAAACUUCCUAAAAUCAUGUGCAAAUCAUAUUAUGUAUUAAUUACUCAUGCCAAUUCAGAUUCUUUUUUGUAAACAAUAUUUACUCUAUAAUUUUAUAGAGAAGAUAUCGAUUGAUUAUACCUUGAGUAAAUCGGUUGGCAGCUCUCGUUGCGUUUUCUUAUUUUUAUACUACAAUUUAUUUCCCAUGUUAAAAAAAAAAACAACAUUUUAUAUCGAGCCCCACAAAACCACAUCUCAAUAUGUGAAUUAUUAGUAAAUGUUUAAUUUGUAAGUUUACUUGAUAACUUACCUUGAUAGCUUGUUGAAGUAUAAAAGUUCUAAACUAUAUAAUAAUAUGUGCCCUAAAUCUCCCACCUUUAUUUCCUACCGCUAUUAAUGGAAAUAUUUUCUUUGUUAUGCAUUAUUAAAGGAGUUUAUUAACUGUGUAAUGCUUAAUAUAGUUUAUUAAAUUAAUAUUAAUUGCUUUAUGUAUGCAUACUAUAACUUAACAGAUGAAAUAUGGCGUUGUUUAGUUAGAAGUAUUUAAUUUCUUUUUUUUUUGUCGUUGGUACUUCAAAUAUUUGAUGUAUCUAUUCACUAGAAUAUAAUUCUACAAUUUGUGUUCGUCUACAAUUACAUGGAUAUCAAAAACAAUCUAAUAUGAGCCUGUAGAUAUAGUUACUUCACUUCGUAGGGUUUAGUUUAUUAUAUAGUACCUAAAACUGGAGAAUAAGUAUAAAUUUAGAAAUGAGCAUAGGAAUCGAACUCUGCCCCGGUAAGGCAGUUUCGUUACUUACGGUAACAAAAACCAAUCAAAGUAGGUUGAAUCAUAUCAAACAUACUUCAUUCUGAUUGGUCCAUUUUCAUUAUGUUCCAACGACAAUGGUGCAGGGCGUUUAUAGGAAUCGCGUUACAGGCAAUAAUGGUGUUUACUGUGGUAGCCAAAACUGGAGAAUAAUUGUAAGUUUAUUUUAUAAAUGAGUAUAAGAUUCGAACUCAACCCCGGAAGAUGCAGUUUCACAUAAUAGUGUUUACUGUGGUAGCCAAAACUGGAGAAUAAUUGUAAGUUUAUUUUAUAAAUGAGUAUAAGAUUCGAACUCAACCCCGGAAGAUGCAGUUUCACAUAAUAGUGUUUACUGUGGUAGCCAAAACUGGAGAAUAAUUGUAAGUUUAUUUCAUAAAUGAGUAUAGGAUUUGAACUCUACCCCGGAAGAUGCAGUUUCACAUAAUAGUGUUUACUGUGGUAGCCAAAACUGGAGAAUAAUUGUAAGUUUAUUUCAUAAAUGAGUAUAGGAUUCGAACUCUACCCCGGAAGAUGCAGUUUCACAUAAUAGUGUUUACUGUGGUAGCCAAAACUGGAGAAUAAUUUGUAAGUUUAUUUCAUACAUUAGUAUAGGAUUCGAACUCUACCCCGAAAGAUGCAGUUUCACAUAAUAGUGUUUACUGUGGUAGCCAAAACUGGAGAAUAAUUUAUAAGUUUAUUUUAUAAAUGAAUAUAAGAUUCGAACUCAACCCCGGAAGAUGCAGUUUCACAUAAUAGUGUUUACUGUGGUAGCCAAAACUGGAGAAUAAUUUAUAAGUUUAUUUUAUAAAUGAAUAUAAGAUUCGAAGUCAACCCCGGAAGAUGCAGUUUCACAUAAUAGUGUUUACUGUGGUAGCCAAAACUGGAGAAUAAUUGUAAGUUUAUUUCAUAAAUGAGUAUAGGAUUCGAACUCUACCCCGGAAGAUGCAGUUUCACAUAAUAGUGUUUACUGUGGUAGCCAAAACUGGAGAAUAAUUGUAAGUUUAUUUCAUAAAUGAGUAUAGGAUUCGAACUCUACCCCGAAAGAUGCAGUUUCACAUAAUAGUGUUUACUGUGGUAGCCAAAACUGGAGAAUAAUUGUAAGUUUAUUUCAUAAAUGAGUAUAGGAUUUGAACUCUACCCCGGAAGAUGCAGUUUCACAUAAUAGUGUUUACUGUGGUAGCCAAAACUGGAGAAUAAUUGUAAGUUUAUUUCAUAAAUGAGUAUAGGAUUCGAACUCAACCCCGGAAGAUGCAGUUUCACAUAAUAGUGUUUACUGUGGUAGCCAAAACUGGAGAAUAAUUGUAAGUUUAUUUCAUAAAUGAGUAUAGGAUUCGAACUCUACCCCGAAAGAUGCAGUUUCACAUAAUAGUGUUUACUGUGGUAGCCAAAACUGGAGAAUAAUUGUAAGUUUAUUUCAUAAAUGAGUAUAGGAUUUGAACUCUACCCCGGAAGAUGCAGUUUCACAUAAUAGUGUUUACUGUGGUAGCCAAAACUGGAGAAUAAUUGUAAGUUUAUUUCAUAAAUGAGUAUAGGAUUCGAACUCAACCCCGGAAGAUGCAGUUUCACAUAAUAGUGUUUACUGUGGUAGCCAAAA